CCCCUUUAACCAAGUAAUCAGCGGCUAGUGAUUAAAAAAAAGUCAUAAAUCUGAAAGGUACUCACAUGAGCUUGUCCACACCAUAAUAAACCCCACUCUUCUACAACAACAAUAUUCAGUAUUCACCUUCGCCUCUGUAAACAUGAAAGCUAGGGUUUAUAGUUUACAAGGAGCCACUUCUUUGCUUCUCUCCCAGCUUCUUCGAAAUCGAAAAAGGUCUGCAGCUUUGGUUUGUUAUGAUGCCAAAAAAGAGUUCUUCUAAAAAGGCUAAGCAAAUGCGAGAAAAUAAUAAUGCUGUGGAAGAAGAAGACCCCUCUCUGGUGACAGAAAAGAGUUCUUCCAAAAAGGCUAAGCAAAUGCAAGAAAAUAAUAAUGCUGUGGAAGAAGAAAAACCCUCUUUGGUGCAGAAAAAAGCUGCUAGUGAGAUUGAUAAAAUCUUUGCAGGAAAGAAGAGGAAGAAAUCGGAAUCUGAAAGGACUGAAAACCCUAAUGAAGAAGCAACUGGAAAUUCUAAGAAGACUAAGAAAAAGAAGAAGGAUAAAGGUUCUAAUGAUAGCGAGUUCACUGAGCCACCUUCCCGGCCUAGAAAAAAAACAAAUGAUGGGUUUACUGUUUACACAGAAGAGGAGUUGGGUAUCAAUAAGGCUGAUGCUGGAAGUACCCCAUUAUGUCCAUUUGAUUGUUCUUGUUGUUUUUGAGGAUACAUGCAAAAAUCUAUUGGGUGAAGUGAUCCAGUGAGUCUCUGAGAUUUUCAUGUAGCCGUGUAACUUUUCAUUAGCUAUUUUGUUAUUAUAAUUUGAGGGUAUUGGUGCACAGCUUUCUUUUGCCUUGUACAAUAGAAAUAGAUUACAUUAUUUUUUUAUCUUAUUCAAUCAAUUUUGUGCUUAUGAUUAAGCAUGUUUCUCAAAGUAUGACUUCUUUGAGUCCAAGACAUGAAUCUUCUUUGUAAGUUUUGAGGAAGAAUUCAACGCAGUUUGGAGCCAU